UCACCAAAAACUUGUGGACAAAUACUACAGCGAGUUUUAUGGGGAUAUCAACAUUCGUGGAUGAGAUUCUUCGGUGGUUUCAACGACAUAAUCAUCUGUCUUCUUCUCCCACUUCCACUAACCCCAAUGUCGUUCUGAAUCCCGAUUAUGAACCCAGACAAUCAUUAUCAUUAUCAUUAUCAAGUACCCAACUCACAAUUUUUGAAGAGUUCGAUCUUCCUGCGUUUAAGAAGAUCAGAGUUCCAAAACGCAUCGCAUUCCCAUCUUUAACCUCCGUCCCAAUGGAUCCUCUCAAAAGGCUGGAAAGAGAGUUCUUCACCGAAUAUGGAGAGGCAGGAAGAUAUGAAGUUCAAGAAGUGGUUGGAAAAGGCAGUUAUGGUGUUGUAGGGUCCGCCACUGAUAAGCAAACAGGAGACAGGGUUGCGAUUAAGAAGAUCAAUGAUGUUUUUGAGCAUGUAUCUGAUGCCACAAGAAUUCUUAGAGAAAUCAAACUCCUUCGGUUGCUUAGGCAUCCAGAUAUUGUUGAAAUUAAGCAUAUAAUGCUUCCUCCUUCAAGAAGAGAGUUUAGAGACAUUUAUGUAGUGUUUGAAUUGAUGGAGUCUGAUCUUCAUCAGGUUAUUAGAGCAAAUGAUGAUCUCACACCUGAACAUUAUCAGUUCUUCUUAUACCAACUUCUUCGUGGACUAAAGUAUAUUCACACAGCAAAUGUGUUUCAUCGAGAUUUAAAACCAAAAAACAUUCUUGCUAAUGCUGACUGUAAGUUGAAGAUUUGUGACUUUGGGCUUGCUCGUGUAUCAUUUAAUGAUGCACCUUCAGCCAUAUUCUGGACAGAUUAUGUUGCAACUCGAUGGUAUCGUGCUCCUGAACUAUGUGGCUCCUUUUUCUCUAAAUAUACUCCGGCUAUUGAUAUUUGGAGCAUUGGAUGCAUAUUUGCAGAGAUGCUUACUGGGAAACCGUUGUUUCCUGGAAAGAAUGUUGUUCAUCAGUUGGAUCUCAUGACUGAUUUACUCGGAACUCCUCCUCCCGAAUCUAUUGCAAGGAUUCGCAAUGAAAAAGCAAGAAGGUAUCUUAAUAGUAUGCGAAAGAAACAACCUGUUCCCUUCACACACAAAUUUCCACAUGUUGAUCCGUUGGCUCUUAAACUACUUGAACGCCUACUUGCAUUUGAUCCAAAAGAUCGUCCAUCGGCUGAAGAGUCAUUAGCGGAUCCUUACUUUAAAGGGCUGGGGAAUGCGGAUAGAGAACCAUCAACUCAGCCCAUAUCAAAACUUGAAUUUGAAUUCGAAAGGAGGAAAUUGGGAAAAGAUGAUGUCAGGGAGUUGAUUUAUCGAGAGAUUUUGGAGUACCAUCCUCAGAUGCUUCAGGAAUAUUUACGUGGCGGUGAACAGACUAGCUUCUUGUACCCAAGUGGGGUUGACCGCUUUAAGCGUCAGUUUGCACAUCUUGAGGAAGGUUUCGGAAAAGGUGGAAAUAGUAAUACCACUCCACUGCUAAGGCAACAUGCCUCACUUCCUAGGCAACGAGUUCCUGCACCAAAGGAGGAAGGAAGUUCUCAAGAAGAUUUGGACAAACGACCAGAAUAUGUUGCUUCGACACUCGAGAGUCCACCACAACAGGCUGAAGGUGGAGAAAAUAAAGGAAAUUACAGUGCUCGAAGCCUGUUAAAGAGUGCAAGUAUCAGUGCUUCCAAGUGUAUAGGAUCCAAAGGAAUACGAGAGGAAGAAUCGGAUUCCGAGCAACAAGAUGCGGAGUAG